AGUUAAAACAAACGAACCCUCUGCUAUAAAACCCCUCCGGCCUCUUCUUUCUUUGCCUGCUUCCAGGAGCGUUCAAGAUCCUCAAAGGUAUUAAGUAGACAAACUUCUGGUAGACAACAGAACCAGCCAUCCCGUCCAAGCUCCUCAUUUCCCUUCUCCCAAAGAUCAGAAAGAUUUAGAUCAGAUCAGAAACAUUCAGAUCAAAUCAGAAAGAUUCAGACUAGAUCAGGCCAGAGCAGAAACAUUCAGAUCAGAUCAGAAAGAUUCAAACCAGAACAGGCCAGAUCAGAAACAUUCAGAUUAGACUAAAAGCAUUCAGAUCAGAUCAGAUCAGAUCAGAAAAACAGAUUAACACGGAGAGGUGUUAACGUUUGAUCUACAAAGGGUUAAUACCAAAGAAUAUAGCUUUCAGCAACAUGACAAAGUGAGAAUGGUACGACACUACAUUCAACAAUAUAGUAAUGGUGCGGAGACUCUCCCCGUUCAGGGAAGCUUUGAUUCUGGGAUUUACUAUACGCAAAUUAAAUUGGGAACUCCUCCAAAGGAAUUCCGUGUGGGAAUAGACACGGGAAGUGAUGGUUUAUGGGUGAAUUGUGCUUCCAGGAGCGUUCAAGAUCCUCAAAGAUGCUGAGCGGGAGAGCAUUGUCAAUAUUUUUCGGGAAAAAAGACACCGGCUAGGGGGAACAUUGCAAAAAGGUUUCAUCAGCAAGACAGCAGCUGCAUACAAUGUUAACAAGAAGACAAUGAGUAGAAUUUGGUCCAUUGCAAGGAAGCAAAUACAACUCCAAACGGUGAUAAAUGUGAAAUCCAAAAGGUGGGGCAAAAAAAGAAGGCCAAAGAAGGAAAUAAAUAACACCAUAGUCAGUCAAAUUCCACUGAAACAGAGAACAAAUAUAAGAAGACUUGUCAAAGCUCUACAAAUGGGCAAAACAACAGUUCACAAGGCACUAAAAAGAGGAGAACUCAGGAGUCACAGCAAUGCAAUUAAGCCCUAUUUAACUGAGGAAAAUAAAAGGAACAGGCUCAGAGGUGUAACUCAAAAAGCAUUGGGAUUCUUGUGCUCCACUUCAUUAGAGGGGAUAGGAGAGUGAGAGCCACUUGCGCCUCCGCGGGAGCUUGAGGGGAUGUCCGGAAUCACAUGAGAGGUGCUUAGCUUCCAUGAGCAUCAGAUUGCUGGGAAGGAGGUGAUUGAUCCGUGACAAAGCUUUUUGGUGACAUGUGAGAUAAUUCCGUGACAAAAUCCGUGACAAAGUUGUCACGGACCAAAUCCGUGACCAAAAUUCGUGACAAUAUCGUUGUUUUUUGUAUUGUUAGUCGUGCAACACUUUCAACCUUUAAUUUAAAUGGGAUAAGAUUCAGAUAAUCAAAAAGUGAAGAUGGAGGUGGACUUCAAAUUAAUGUCCAUCAAGCCUUUGUAUUUUUUAUUUGUUAUUUACCUAUUUAAAUUUUAGUUUUUUUGGAAGUAGGUUUGUAGAAUUGUAGAUGUUUUAAAUAUUUCAGAUUUUAUUACUUGUAUCAUUUGGUCGUUUAAUUCCUUGUAGACUUGAAGUUGUUUAAUUUACCCAUUUUACACUUUCAUAGUUUUAAUUGUUUUAUAAUCAUCAAUUUGUUUAGUCCAUUAGUCUUUUACUGAUUAUCUAAUAAAGAUAAUUAAACAUUAUAAAAUUAGAAAUUUUUAUAUAAUAAGUAUCUUAAGUCUUAAACAAUGGGUCAUUAUAUUGUUUAUUUGUUCAAGUAAUGUAAAUUAUUUUAGUUGUUUCUUCAUUUAAAUCUCCUAUUAAGUAUUCUAUGUAGUAUUAUGUAAUAUUACAUAUAAAAUAGAAAAAUUUGAAAGUCCAUCCAUGUACAAAAGAGUUCACAUGUUAUUUCAUAAUACCAUGUUUUCUCGUUUACAUUAUAUUAAACGAGUUUCAAAACAGUUUUGGCAGUAUCAAACUUCAAACAUGACAUUAUUUUCUAAACAUGGCAGUAAUUAGUCCUAUUUUGGGAAUAAAAAACAUGAUAGUCCUAUUUUGGAAUUUUCAAACUGUUUUAGUCCUAUUUCGGAAACUCUCUUAUAUUAAAUACAUACAUAUUCAUUUUUAGGGGCAUAUACUAUUGGGGAUAUGUUAAUAUGUGAUUUUCAAUUAUUAGUUAUAAUAACCCGCAUACAUAUGUCAGAGCGUGCACGUGUGUGCGCACAAACGUAUACAACUUCUGUCUCAAAUUGAUUUGCAAAAUUAAAUUUUUCUUAAUCACACAGUUUCAUUUUACUCACUUAAUUUGAAUGUCAACUUUUAAAUUAUAUAUUCUAAUUUGGAGUUUGCAACUUUGAAAAAAUUUUAAUGUAGUUUCUGAAUACAUAAAUUUUAAUUAUUAAAAAUUGAAUUAAUUAUCAAUAUAAAAGAUUUAACUUAAAAAUUGGUUGACCAAAAAAUAUUGAUUUUGCAAAUCAAUUUGGAAUGGAGGAGUAUAUAAUAAAACUAAAAACCAAAAUCAUUUUAUCUCGUGCACGGCACAGAUAACGAUAAAGAGAUUACAUAUUCAUUGUCUAUUGAAAGUGAGGAACAUUGAGAAUUCUAUAAUAUCACAAAAACAUGGUUGUCAAGUUUAACAAUCGGCAUAAAAUGAGUAGAUUAUCAACAAUUGAGGAAAAUAUAUAUACUACAUAAUAAUUAAAAAAUAAUUCAAAUCUAGAUCGCAUUGACCGUGAAUAGGUCAAAUAUUAAUCCUGCAUAGGAUAUUAGGAUGCCUAAAAAUGUGAGUAUCAUAUACCUUGCUAACUUAUCUACCUCCUUUGACCUUCAUUGCCGAAUUGUCGUUUAGAAGAGACGAGGGCGCGACUUGGAAGUAUCGCCGCUACCGAUCUGCCUGAAUCUCACCGUCGUCCGCCUCCGUCACCGGAGUUCGCCACUGCCGUCAUCAUACUGAUCUGCCACAAACAAAAUGACUUUGGUUAUGCAAGGGAACUAGGGGCAAUUAAUUAUAUUGAUUAAUUAAAUCAGGGAUAUAAAUGUAAUGUUAAGUCCUAUUUAAGGAAAAUCAAACAUCUGGUCAUACUUUAAGAAAAUGCUACUACGUAUGUUUUAAUCUUAACAUGAGUAAUUUUCUCUAUAUAAUACGAUAAGAAACAAUUAAAUAA